AGUAAGAAAAUCAGGAUCCUUGCAUAUUCCAUUUUCCCAUGGCCGCUACCAAGCUGUUACUGACAGACCUCGCAUCUUCAGUUAAGCAGGUACCUUUCAAUUACAUCAGACCAAUCUCCGACCGUCCAAAUCUCUCUGAUGUUCGGGUAUCCGAUGUUUCCCUUCCUCUGAUUGACCUCCAGGACCUCUAUGGUCCCAACCGCUCUGAUAUUCUUAAGCAGAUUGCCCUAGCAUGCGAACAUGACGGUUUUUUUCAGGUGAAGAACCAUGGGAUUUCAGAGGCAUUGAUCAAUAACAUGCUGCGUUUAGCUGGAGAGUUCUUUCGAUUACCGGAGAGUGAGAGGUUGAAAAAUUACUCUAACGACCCUUCCAAGGCCAACCGUUUGUCAACUAGUUUCAAUGUUAACACUGAGAAGGUUGCCAACUGGAGGGAUUUUUUGAGACUCCAUUGCUACCCUCUCAAAGAUCACGUACACGAAUGGCCUUCAAAUCCCCCAUCCUUCAGGGAAGAGGUGGCUGAGUAUUGCACUCGUGUUAGAGGUUUAGUGCUAAGGCUGCUUGAGGCCAUAUCAGAGAGCUUAGGCCUGAAGGGGGAUCAUAUUGAUAAGACAUUAAGCAAGCAUGGCCAACACAUGGCUUUAAACUACUAUCCACCCUGUCCAGAGCCAGAACUUACUUAUGGUUUGCCUGGCCAUACUGAUCCCAAUUUAAUAACCAUUCUUCUUCAGGAUGACGUGCCAGGAUUACAGGUUUUAAGAAAUGGCAAGUGGGCUGCCGUCAACCCUAUUCCCAACACCUUCAUUGUCAACAUCGGUGACCAAAUGCAGGUAAUUAGCAAUGAUCGUUACAAAAGUGUGCUCCAUCGAGCUGUUGUAAACUGCAAUAAAGAACGAAUAUCCAUCCCUACCUUCUACUGUCCAUCAAAUGAUGCUUUGAUAGGCCCGGCUAUGGAGUUGAUUGAUGAUCAGCACCCUGCAGUCUACAGAAGUUUUACCUAUGGCGAAUACUAUGAGAAGUUUUGGAAGAGAGGACUUGCAACAGAAUGCUGCCUGGACAUGUUCAAAACUUCAACAACUUGAUCUAUUGUCAAGAUUUCCUAUUUCACAUUAAAGUUGAGA